CAUAACUGGGAUGGCAUGAGGGUGAGUAAAUGAUGAGAGAAUUUUAAUUUUUGGGUGAACUAUUCCUUUAACACUUCCGGUUAAAUAAACCAUCCUUAUAUAGUUAGUUUGAAGUGGUUUCAUUGUGUUCACUUGUUUACCCAACAACUAUUACAAAAAUACGAUGAUAUUGGAAUUUUUGUUUGGUGGUCAGACUUCACAAAAUUGAUUCUAAUUUAAGACACUAGAUUUUUUAAACUAACAUACUAUGCAUGAUAUAGAGAUAUAGCCCAUGUGACAACUAGCCCCAGUCUAUCUCCUCACAGGUUUUGAUAUAAUGGAGUCGGUUUUGACGAGGCUGCACUCACUGACUCCAGAUCAGUUGAGGGAUGAGAUCACAGGUGCUGGACUCAAAUGUGGCCCAAUAACAGCCACCACCAGGAGCAUCUUUGAGAAGAAACUGGCUCGAGUUCUGCUGGAGAAUCACACAGAUGGUAGUGAUGCACCACAGAUGCAUUCUGGGAGCUCAGAGAGUUCAUGCCAAGAGCUUCAUCAGCCAAUCAAUGAACAGAACAGAGAAGAAAUUAAUCAUGACAUCGAAACCACAGAGAGUCCAGAUACUUCCUCCGCAAAUCCCUCAGUUUAUUACGGAGUUUGUCCUCAGCCAGACGACCCCUCCCUUAAAGAUGGUACAGUGCACGUGUUUGUUAAUAAGACUAAAGCACUGAAGGCCUUGAUGAAGAUGAAAGGCGCUCGUUUCAAAGCUUUCGUAAGCAAAGUAGACGCUGAGAACUUUGCUAAAGGUUUAUGUGAAGGCGGAUCUUCACCAGAGAAACCAAAUGCUGCAUCAGUCAACGAGUGUUUGGUGAGUUUAGAUGCUGUGAAUGUGGAGAAGGCCAACGAAUUCAGAAGUCCUCGCACACAAGACCUCACGGCAAAACUCCGCAAAGCUGUCGAGAAAGGAGACGAGGAGACAUUUAAAGAGCUCGUCUGGGGAAAUCCAAGAUAUCUCAUUGGAUCUGGUGACAAUCCAACUAUUGUGCAGGAGGGAUGCAGAUAUAAUGUCUUGCAUGUCGCAGCAAAAGAGAACCAGCCAGGAAUCACUCGUCUGAUCUUAGAGACGCUGGAGAACCCAGAGUUCAUGCGUCUGAUGUACCCUAAAGAUCAGGAGGUCAUGCUGUGGCAACGAAUCAGAUAUGUACUUGAUCUGUAUCUUAACACACCUGACAAAGCAAGUAAUGAGACGCCGCUGCACUUUGCCUGUAUGUUUGGUUGUCCAGACGUGGUGAAUGUUCUGUGUUCACAUCCAUACGUCGAUAAGAACUGCAAGAAUAAAUACGGCCAGAAACCUGCAAGCGUGAUCUGUGAGCGGAAAAACAAAAAUAAAGAAGUGAAGCAGAAGAUCAUGGAAUAUUUGGAGGACAGAUUUUAUGUGCCGUUAUUGAGGGCCGCUGACAACACGCUUCAUCCAGUGAUCGGCGCCCCCUGGUGUCCUGGAUCAUUAGAGUCAUGUGACCAGUUACACACACCUGUGAUUGUGGACAGUCCCAAAAACCCAGUGAUGACGAUCAAGGCGUUUGCUGGCCCUUUAAAUUCAUCAAAAGCUGAGGAGUUUCACAGAUUGUGGAAAACACCGCCACGAGACCGGGCCAAAUAUUUCCAUGAUAUUUUGAAAUCGGAUUCGGAUCAGGGCGCAGAGAGAGUGGGCAGAGAGUUGGCUCAUGAGAUGGGCAUCCCGUGGGCAGAAUACUGGGACUUUCUAAACUGCUUCAUCGACUUGUUCACUGCGGAUGGCUUGAACAUGUUGGAAGAGUAUUUGAAUAGAGAAAACAGCCUAAAAAAUGCUAGAAGUUCCACUCCAUCUAAUGGUGGACCUGAUCGAACAUCCAGUUCCAUCAGUAGAUCAAUUCACAAUGAGCAUCUAAACGGUUCCUUUGAGACGACACAUGAGAACUCGACUGAAGGAGAUGAUCCUGGUGACAUCGGACGGUUCCCAGUCUGUGAUCUGAUGCAGGAGUUUGAGAAGGUUUCAUUCUCCAGUGAACACACGGAUAACACAUGUGACUCUGGUUUGGGCAGCCAGACUCUGUCCAGCUCUGAUGAUGAAUGGAGAAGAUGUCUGACUGAAGAUGAUGAAUGCAGCUGUAGUUCAGAGGAGUAUUUCACAGCAGAUGAAGACUGUGGUGACCUGCAGGAUUGUAAUAGCAGUAAUAAAGGUGUCCUCGCUCACUCCACUCCCUGGAGCAGAGGACACGUCUCACUGGACCACUCGGGUUCCUCCAGCUCUUCGUUUCAGACGACACACAGCACACCUGACCACAUCGUUGACCCCGUUGACCUUUAUAGACGUGAGGUUUUUAUAGCGGGUAAUUCACCAACAAAGCUGGACAGUGAUGUGCUUCUAGCGUUGAAUAAUGUGGAGAUUGACCCAAACUCAUAUCCCAGUGUCGUCAAAUGGAAGAGCAAGAUUUUGUCCUAUCCUUCAUCGCAAAGACAAAGCUGGCCGGCGACUUCAUUGACGAUCAGAGACACUGAGAGCCGGAGCUCGCCGUCCGUUAGACCCGACCGGUUAAAUGUCUCGCCCAAAUUCAGAAGUCCGGGUCACUUUAACUCUGAGCAGUUUGUGUUCAGCUCUCCAAGCAGGUCAUACAGACACGUGUAACCAGAACUUACUGUCUAUAAACACUCGUAUGUUAAGUGGAUUUAGCACUUGAGUUGAAGUCGCUUUAUUGUAUUUAUUUUAUGCUAUUUUUAUUUUUGCACAGCAGUUGUAUUGCUUUUAUUAAUUACAUUAAUAAUUUUUUAAUAUAGUAAUUAUUAAUUUACAUUUAAGUUACUUUCUAAAACACUUUUCCGCUCGAAUUCAAAAGAAUGUCUAUAUUUCUUUCACGUUCAUUGUUAUAUGCAUGUCACACACUCAUCACCUCAUGUAUUCUACAUAAAUAAUAUUUUAGAAAUAAGCAUGACCCUAAAAUGUGCUUAAAAGUCAGAAACUGUAAUCUGAUCACACUAAUUUUAAAUGUAAUGCAUUACACUACUUUUUUACUUAAAAGUCAUUAUAUUACAGUAAUUUAUGUGACCUUAAAUUGAAGAUCUUUGUUAUGAAAUGGUCAGAGGAGGUGACAUGAGCCAUUCAAAGUAUUUUUUUGAAGUUAAUUGAAUUGCAUAACUCUUUUAUUUCAUUUAUGCUUUCCUUUAUUUUGUGAUGUUAGUCAUAAAUUGGCAAGCAUAACAAGUCCACCCUGUUAUGGAAAAAUAUGUUGGGGAAAUAAAUGUAAUUUUUACAUUUCAACAUUCAAAAUCAUCAAUAUAAGUUUACAAAUAUGUUUACUAGAUAUCAUUCAGCUAAUUUACCCAUUGAAUUUCCACGCUGAUCCUGCCCUGGACAUAUUCCUUUUCCACGUCAUUUAGCUUGACCGGUAUGACUUAUAAAAUCUUUAACAUGUCCCUUUAAUGAUGAAAUGUAAAGAUACUUUAUUUUAAGUAUAUUUCAUUUUUCAAAAGAUGAAAUGACACCAAAUAAGUGAUUACUAAUGACACAGAUGACAAGGCCGAGAUCCAAAAAAGGAAGGGAGCUCCAAACUACCAGCAAAUAGUCCCUACCUAACCGUGUGUGGAAGUGUCGCGCCUUUCGGAGUUGGCCCAACCCCCUUCUGGAGUAACCCCACUCCUUACGGAGUUACCCCGCCCUCUUUUGGAGUUUACACCCCCAUUGGAGAUGUUCGGGCUACUUGGGUCUUUUAGAGCUCCAUUAUGUUCUUAGAUUAACCUCCUGAGACCCUGCGUCCACAUGCGUGGACAUUACGUUUUGGCUUUGCUAUAGGCUAUGCAUAAUUUAAUUUAAUUUAAACCAACUGCUCUCAGUUCAGGAGACUCUGAGCUGUCAGUAAAGGGUUAAACUUUCGAUGCACGAGUCAUGUGACCAAACAACAUGGCGCUGAUCACAGCGGAGUUUGCAUUUGGUUGAAACGUCAACAAAACUACAUCUGGUAAGAAACCUCAUUAAGUUUUUACAUUGAAACCUGUUUGAGCCAAAAGAUUAGAGUCUCUAGUUUCAUCCGAUAUAAUUUUUUUUUAAUUUAGGCUAUUUAUCGCGAAACGGCAGGCUGAUAAACACAAUGACCACGUAUGUGGACUAUAGACUCAUUUUCUUUUAAAAUAUCCUAUAUUUACUGUACAUUAUCACAUUGAGAAUAAAUGGAUUCAUCUAAAAGCUGAAAA